GUCGUUGAGUGGGCUUCCGCUUCUACCUAAAUGGGCUUUAUGAUCACGAUCUGUGUAGUUUUAUGGGUUAUUCUUACCGCGUGGUGUCUGGUGUUGUGAUUUGUUUCGUUCUUUUGAUGUCUUGAUAUCGACGUGCGGCCAAUUGACGGUUUUGUCUGAUUACGCAGAAUGGGAAAUGGACAGGUGAUACCAAUAUCGGAUGGCUAGGUAGAUUUCUAGUAAGCUUCAUCAAAAGCUGGCUCUUUGCACUCAGAUACUUCUUUCAUUGUUCAAUAAUUUUACCCAAGCCUACCUUACUCGGCAUCACUGUACACUUCUCUCUAUUACAGAGAGUUGCAUGUCUGAUCUCAUCGUCCUUGACAAUUAUGACCCUCCCAACCCAUUCACUUCAUGACACGAUACAGCAAUGAAGCAGCUAUACCAGUGGAUCUUCGUCGGUCCUGCAGAGCUGUCCGAGAAUCCCCCAUGGCUUCAAAAGAAGGUGGUCGGCUCGGUCGUGAACAGCCCCAAGUAUAACUCCACACUGCUGAUCGUCAGCUACGAUGGUAUGAAAACAUUAGCCGCUCAUAACGGUUGACGAUGACGCAGUCGUUAGAGUCUGGUGGCUUUGGAGACCAUGCCGUGCCCUUCC